UCUUCUACCUUCGCUAAGCGCGCUAGCUACUUCUGUAAGGCUCGAUAGACACCAUGGAGAGCGGGGGCACGAGGGAGCAGCAGCCAUGGCGCUACAGCUGCAGCUUCGCGUGGCCGCCGCGCUCCUACACCUGCAGCUUCUGCAAGAGGGAGUUCCGGUCCGCGCAGGCCCUCGGUGGCCACAUGAAUGUCCACCGCAGGGACAGGGCCAGGCUCCGCCACGGCUCCCCACCCCCUCCCCCUCCUCAGCUUGCUGCUGCUGCUGGAAGCCCUAACCCUAGACGGGCAGCAGCGGCGGCAGCUAUCCCCAACCUCAACUAUCCUCCUCCUCCACCGUCGCAGCCAUCCCUGUGCAAUGAACUCUCGUCGGUGGCUGCGGCGAGCACAGGGGCGUUAGGGUUGAGCCUGGAGCUGGGGUUGGAGGCUGGUGUGCAGUCCUGCGCCAAGGAGGAUGAUGAUGGUCUGGAUCUUGAGCUUAGGCUCGGCUGCUCUUGAUCGAUCGAGCAUAUGCAUAACAUUCUCUAGUCUAGCUAAUUACUGUACAUCACUAGGUUGGUUCUCUAGUUAGUUCUAGCAGUAGCCAGCUUAGUUCAAGCUAUGAGAAUGGCUGAAUUGGUGUUUGCUUCAUCGUCUCUUCAAUGUAUUAUUAGUUCGGCUUUGAUGUUUUAAGCUAGCUAGGUAUCUAUGGUCGUGUUUACUGUUUAGAAUGGU